AUGUAUAUUUAUUUCGAUUUUGAAUGUACAGAGGAAAACGGAAUUCACACCCCUAAUCUCUGUGUGGCCGAACGUGUGUGUCAACAUUGCGACAGUUUAGACAUCGACACGCGCUGUGAACGCUGUCAUGCGUUUGGAUCGCAACGCCGCUUCGUAUUUCAAGGCCGCGACACCUUAAAACAGUUUAUGGACUGGCUGUUACAAUCCGAGACGGACGAGAAGGGUAAUGUGACUUUCAAACACGACGAAACGACCGCCAUUACGCACAAUUUCAAGGGAUACGAUGGGCAGUUCAUCUUAAACUAUCUAGUGCACACGGCUUGUAUCAAACCUGCAGUCAUUCUCAACGGCAGUAAAAUCUUGUCUAUGGGAGUGUUCGGCUUGAGAUUCAUCGAUUCGUACAAUUUCCUCCCCUUUGCUCUCGCCAAGAUGCCCUCUGCGUUUGAAUUAACAGAACUGACAAAAGGUUAUUUCCCCCACUUUUUCAACACGGAACAGAACCAGAAUUACGUGGGACCUUAUCCAGAUGCCCACUACUACAAUCUUGACGACAUGUCGAUAGUCAAUCGUGCAGCCUUCUAUACCUGGUACAAUCAACAGACCGGGAAAGUGUUCGAUUUCCAGAAGGAAUUCAUGGAUUACUGUAUCUCGGAUGUGGAUAUUUUACGCCGUUGUUGUGCGCAAUUUAAGACGACACUCUACGGACUCGUCCGCGUCGACCCUUUUCAGGAAUCAAUAACUUUUGCCAGCACGGCUAAUUUAGCUUAUCGACGAGGAUUCAUGGCACAGGACACCAUUGCCAUCAUUCCCAAUAUGGGUUACCAACCCUCGCACCGCUACUCGACCAAGGCCUGUCGCUGGCUCACCUCCCUAGACCGCAACAUACGUCAUGCUAAGAACGAAAUCACCAUAGGGCCCUAUACGGUGGACGGCUACGAGGAGGAAUCCCGCACCGUGUACGAAUUUUACGGCUGCUACUGGCACGGGUGCCCCACCUGUUAUCCGAAUCUGUUGACGGAAACCCACCCCCACCGAGUCCAGCAGACGUAUCAAACCCUGUACGAGGAGACCUUGAAACGAGUCGUCAACUUAGAGCAACAAGGAUAUACGGUAGUGAGAAUCUGGGAACACGUGUUUGAUCGUCAAGUCAAAAACAGUCCGGAGUUACAAACAUUCCUACGAGACCUCGAUAUUCAGGACCCCUUAAAUCCCCGCGAUGCCUUAUACGGAGGUCGUACCAAUGCCACCCGCCUGUAUUGCGAGGAGGGUGACAUGCGAUACGUCGAUGUGUGUUCCCUGUAUCCUUACGUGUAG